ACCCUUGUCUCAAUAAGCAACGUUGAUUUUAACCGGUUACUUUCCCUCAUUCCGGCGACGGCGACUAUCGUUGCCGAUUUCUUCCCUCCGGCGACUGCGGGCGUGAGAUUCAAUCUCUCAGUCAAGUGAAGUUGUCAACGUAGGCUACUUCUGAUGGAGAAAGGCAGUGGCUGCAGCUUCUCUAGUGUGUCUUCGAUUGCUAUCUUUUCAAGUGUCAUUUUUGUUGUCACCUUGAUCUUGGUUCGGGUCCUUUAUGUCAUUAAUUUCAGCAGCAGGCCCUUGAGAAAAAGAGCUUUGAAACCUGUUAGUACACUUAUUAUUUUAGGAUCAGGUGGCCAUACUGCUGAGAUGCUUAAUCUUUUGGCAGUAUUACAAAAAGAUAGAUUUCAUCCAAGAUUCUACGUUGCUGCUGCUACUGAUAAUAUGAGUCUUCAAAAAGCUCAGUUGUUGGAGAACUCCCUGGCUGCUGAGAAUGCAACAAGCGUUACUAAUACUGCACAGUUCAUGAAGAUAUAUCGGAGUAGGGAAGUUGGUCAAUCAUAUAUAACCUCAAUUUGGACUACCUUAAUUGCAAUGGGGCAUGCACUAUGGCUAAUGAUUAAAAUUAGACCUGAAGUGAUACUUUGCAAUGGACCUGGAACUUGCAUUCCCCUAUGUGCAAUCGCAUUCAUAUUUAAGAUACUGGGAAUCAGAUGGUCUUCAAUUUUCUACGUUGAGAGUAUUGCAAGAGUGAGAAGGCUCUCCUUGAGUGGCCUGCUCCUGUACAAGUUGCGGAUGGCUAAUCAACUUUUUGUUCAGUGGCCACAACUGCAACAGCAAUAUCCUCGAGCUACCUAUGUUGGUCGACUCAUGUAACCAAUUGGUUCCUUUAAUAUCAUUUAAGAGAAAUUUGUAUGUUGAAUUCAAUCAGUAACUUAUAAUUUUGCUUACGAUGAUUAAGAUAUGUUGUUAUUAUCAAACUGCUUCAUGCUUUGUGUAAUUGGAUAAGCUCACACAGGUGAAUUUUUCUG